AUGGCGCAGGAGCUGGACCACCCGGAGUUCGCCGGCGCGGGCCGGCGCGCGGGGCUGCAGGUCUGGAGGGUGGAGAAGCUGGAGCUGGUGCCGGUGCCCGAGAGCGCCCACGGCAACUUCUACGUCGGGGAUGCCUACCUGGUGUUGCACACGGCCCAGGGGAGCCGAGGCUUCGCCUACCGCCUGCACUUCUGGCUGGGGAAGGAGUGUACCCAAGACGAAAGUACCGCAGCUGCCAUCUUCACGGUUCAAAUGGACGACUAUUUGGGUGGCAAACCAGUACAGAAUAGAGAACUUCAAGGCUAUGAGUCUACUGAUUUUGUUGGCUAUUUCAAAGGAGGUCUGAAAUACAAGGCUGGAGGUGUGGCAUCUGGACUAAACCAUGUUCUCACAAAUGACCUGUCAGCUCAGAGGCUCCUCCACGUGAAGGGGCGGAGGGUGGUCAGGGCCACGGAAGUUCCCCUGAGCUGGAACAGCUUCAACAAGGGCGAUUGCUUCAUCAUUGACCUGGGAACUGAGAUUUACCAGUGGUGUGGUUCUUCAUGUAACAAAUAUGAGCGUCUAAAGGCCAGCCAGGUUGCCAUUGGCAUUCGGGACAAUGAAAGGAAAGGAAGAUCGCAACUAAUUGUGGUGGAAGAAGGAAGUGAACCACCAGAACUUAAAACGGUUUUAGGGGAAAAACCUGAGCUUCGAGAUGGGGAUGAGGACGAUGAUACCAUAGCAGACAUGACUAACCGGAGAAUGGCCAAACUCUACAUGGUUUCAGACGCCAGUGGAUCGAUGAGUGUGACGGUGGUGGCGGAAGAAAACCCCUUCUCCAUGGCUAUGCUGCUGUCUCAAGAAUGCUUCAUUUUAGACCAUGGCGCUGCGAAGCAAAUUUUCGUGUGGAAAGGGAAAGAUGCGAAUCCCCAGGAGAGGAAGGCUGCAAUGAAGACAGCGGAAGAAUUCCUAGAGCAAAUGAAUUACUCCAGCCACACUCAAAUUCAGGUUCUUCCGGAAGGAGGAGAAACACCCAUCUUCAAACAGUUCUUUAAGGACUGGCGAGAGAAAGAUCAGAGUGACGGCUUUGGGAAAGUGUACGUCACGGAGAGAGUGGCUCACGUGAAACAAAUUCCAUUUGACGCCUCCAAGUUGCACGCUUCGCCACAGAUGGCUGCUCAGCACAAUAUGGUGGAUGACGGCUCUGGUCAAGUGGAGAUUUGGCGUGUAGAAAAUAAUGGUAGGAUCCCAGUGGACCCAAACUCAUAUGGUGAAUUUUAUGGUGGUGACUGCUACAUUAUACUGUACACUUAUCCUAGAGGACAGAUCAUCUACACGUGGCAAGGAGCAAAUGCCACCAGAGAUGAGCUGACGACAUCUGCCUUCCUGACUGUUCAGUUGGACCGGUCCCUUGGAGGAAAUGCUGUGCAGAUCCGAGUCUCCCAAGGCAAAGAGCCUGCUCACCUGCUGAGCCUGUUCAGAGACAGACCGCUCAUUAUUUACAAGAAUGGAACAUCAAAGAAAGGAGGUCAGGCCCCGGCUCCCCCGAUACGCCUCUUUCAAGUCCGGAGAAACCUCGCAUCUAUCACUAGAAUUGUGGAGGUGGAUGUUGAUGCAAAUUCACUGAAUUCCAACGAUGCUUUUAUCCUGAAACUGCGACAAAACAGUGGCUACAUCUGGGUAGGACGAGGGGCCAGCCAGGAGGAGGAGAGAGGGGCGGAAUACGUAGCAAGUGUUCUCCGGUGUACAACCACAAGGAUUCAGGAAGGGGAGGAGCCAGAGGCAUUUUGGAGCCCCCUUGGAGGAAAAAGAGACUACCAGACCUCCCCACUGCUGGAAACCCAGGCUGAAGACCAUCCCCCUCGGCUCUACGGCUGUUCCAACAAAACUGGAAGGUUCCUUAUUGAGGAGGUUCCAGGAGAAUUUACCCAGGAUGAUCUUGCAGAAGAUGAUGUCAUGUUACUAGAUGCUUGGGAACAGAUCUUUAUUUGGAUUGGCAAAGAUGCCAAUGAGGUUGAGCGAACAGAAUCUCUGAAGUCUGCCAAAAUGUACCUUGAAACAGACCCUUCUGGAAGAGACAAGAGGACGCCAAUUGUCAUCAUAAAACAGGGCCACGAGCCGCCCACAUUCACAGGCUGGUUCCUGGGCUGGGAUUCCAGCAAGUGGUAAACUGGCUUUUACACAUAAACAUAAAUAUGGGGUAGCUGUCUUGUUGCUGUUCUUGGGGGCUAAAAGGGGGUUUUGUUUUCAGAAAAUGAGCUUCAACUAUAUGGCUAUUUUUUUACUGCCUAGUAUUGGUUCAAAAUUUUGUUUAUACUGAAGUUUUGUAAUGUCAAUAUAUUAAAAUGGCUUGAAGGAGAUUUUUGUUGUGGACCAAUAGUAGUUCUUUGGGACAUGAAUUUAUAGUUUUUAUAUGGCCUUUUAAAAGUGAAAUGCUUUAUACAAAUGAGGGGGAGGCAGAGAACAGGACCUUUCAUUAUUCAGCAGCCAUCAGCCAAACUUCCUUAAAGUGCCAGGGAAGGAAGCAUGCAACUGCAUGCUGUGCUCACAACCAUUGUGUAGUUGCAGUAAGGAUCACGUCUGGAUGGCUUUAAAAAGCUUGUUGCUUUCCUUCUUUCGUGAAUGUGACUGUUGAUGCCGUUAAUGUCUCAGUGUCAGUUUUUAAGAGAAAGUACUUUUUUGAAAACCUUUAAAAAAGCCUUUGAAAGCACAACUUUUUCAUGAAAGACUAAUUUGUAUUCUUCAUAUAAGUAUGAUAGCACCUAUGUUUAAUAACACAAAAGAAAUAUACAAUAAACUGUCCUGGUUCA